AGUUGCGUAUAUAUCUAUUACAGACAUUACUAUAAGAGUGACAUUAUUUACAUAUUUUUUUCACCAAAAUUUUGUAAUGGCUAUAUUUGAUGUUUUUAAUCCUUUACAAAAUAUUACGCCAAAAUUUAUAGAAGAGCAAAUUAAUGAAAUAGUGGAAUGGUUUGAUGCGAACUCAAAACCACUGCUUGUAAUCAAAGAUGGAGACCCCAUAAAUGUAAUAACCAUUGAGCAAUUAAUAGAUUUUUUAAAACUAAGAAAGUUUCAUAGAAGGAGUUUUCAUUACCCGAGUUAUGCUGAAAUAAUGAAUGAAGCAGAAAAACUUAAGGCUGGUGUGACCAGAAUGUUAACAAAAGAGCAAUUUAUAUACAUAUUAGAUAAAUGGAUAGUAGAAACUAAUUUGAAACAUGAGUUAGGUCUUGCUUUUAAGAUAUUUGACACAGAAAAACGAAAUUUUCUAGAAAUCGAUGAAAUUCGCACUAUUGUUACUACUUAUGGAGAUAUAUUCAAUGAAGCUGAAACUUUAGAAUUAUUGCGUGAUGCAAAUGUGCGAGGUGAUGGGAAUGUGUUUUAUGAAGACUUCAUAGAAAGCUUAUUUAGCGUUGCUCCUGAAAUGAAUAACAUAAAAACAGAAUAUUUAUAUGAAAAUCCUGACGAAGAUCCAUCUAUACCUCCUGAACCAGUAGUAGAAGAAAAGCCACCAGCUCAAAAAGUAUUGCCAACACCACCACCUUCGGCUCCACCGCCUCAACCUACGUCGAGUAAGAAAGAAAAAAAGAAAUAAAA